CUCGCGUGGCCGUCAAGCCCUCUAGUGCCUUAGAUUCCAGCGAGCUACGCAAGCAAUCCUGGCCCAGCCGAGCUUGCUUCCCCAAAUCCCGUAAUCCUUGACCUUAUUCCCCCAAAGAAGCGGCCUCCCGGGAAGGAGCGUCCUGGCGGAGAAGACUCGAACGGCUCCCACAGCCGGGCGUUGGGGGAAAGGUGGGCGGUCUUGGUCGUGCGAGGUCGGGGAGGGAGGGUCCUCCGCCCUCCAUUGCGGAGCCUCGCUCCGGGACCACCGGGGGACCGGACGCCUGGCCGCGAAGCUGCCGCCUGGGGCUGCGGGGAGGAGAGCAACAUAACUGGAACGGCACUUAGGGGCCGGUGUCAGGGUUGUCACCGGGGUUGGCGGAAAUGACGAAGGGGCCCCAGGCACGUCGUGUUACUGGGCGAGGUUCUAGCCAAGGUGCCCACGCGCCUUGGGGGAAACCAGAAGACUUCUGCACCGUUUCCCGAGGACAGUUUGGCAGUGUUUCAGAAGGGCCUUAGAACCAGGCAGGCCCCCUUCUAGGAUGGUGGAAAGCCUAAAGAUCUGAAAACGGUCUCAAGUGUCGUCUUAGCGAUUGGCCGACUAAACCGAAUGCAAGCCGGAGACUGCACACGAUGUUGCCGUUAACAGUUACACUGGGCCGGGCAGUCAGAGGCGGGCGGAUCACCUGAGGUCAGGAGUUCGAGAACAGCCUGGCCAACAUGCCACAACAAAUCAUCGUCAACCUGUUCCACCUUCUCCAGUCUGGUAGCAAAAAGGGGUGUCUCAGAAUCUCCGGCCUGUGAAACCGUGAGGGGAUUCGGCCAAGACGUCCUUCCCUCUGCCUCCCACCCAGGCCACUCUUCACCUCCACCAUGAGCCUGGACAUCCAGAGCCUGGACAUCCAGUGUGAGGAGCUGAGCGACGCUAGAUGGGCCGAGCUCCUCCCUCUGCUCCAGCAGUGCCAAGUGGUCAGGCUGGACGACUGUGGCCUCACGGAAGCACGGUGCAAGGACAUCAGCUCUGCACUUCGAGUCAACCCUGCACUGGCAGAGCUCAACCUGCGCAGCAACGAGCUGGGCGAUGUCGGCGUGCAUUGCGUGCUCCAGGGCCUGCAGAGCCCCUCCUGCAAGAUCCAGAAGCUGAGCCUCCAGAACUGCUGCCUGACGGGGGCCGGCUGCGGGGUCCUGUCCAGCACACUACGCACCCUGCCCACCCUGCAGGAGCUGCACCUCAGCGACAACCUCUUGGGGGAUGCGGGCCUGCAGCUGCUCUGCGAAGGACUCCUGGACCCCCAGUGCCGCCUGGAAAAGCUGCAGCUGGAGUAUUGCAACCUCUCGGCUGCCAGCUGCAAGCCCCUGGCCUCCGUGCUCAGGGCCAAGCCGGACUUCAAGGAGCUCACGGUUAGCAACAACGACAUCAAUGAGGCUGGCGUCCGUGUGCUGUGCCAGGGCCUGAAGGACUCCCCCUGCCAGCUGGAGGCGCUCAAGCUGGAGAGCUGCGGUGUGACGUCAGACAACUGCCGGGACCUGUGCGGCAUUGUGGCCUCCAAGGCCUCGCUGCGGGAGCUGGCCCUGGGCAGCAACAAGCUGGGUGAUGUGGGCAUGGCGGAGCUGUGCCCAGGGCUGCUCCACCCCAGCUCCAGGCUCAGGACCCUGUGGAUCUGGGAGUGUGGCAUCACUGCCAAGGGCUGCGGGGAUCUGUGCCGUGUCCUCAGGGCCAAGGAGAGCCUGAAGGAGCUCAGCCUGGCCGGCAACGAGCUGGGGGAUGAGGGUGCCCGACUGCUGUGUGAGACCCUGCUGGAACCUGGCUGCCAGCUGGAGUCGCUGUGGGUGAAGUCCUGCAGCUUCACAGCCGCCUGCUGCUCCCACUUCAGCUCAGUGCUGGCCCAGAAUAAGUUUCUCCUGGAGCUACAGAUAAGCAACAACAGGCUGGAGGAUGCGGGCGUGCAGGAGCUCUGCCAGGGCCUGGGCCAGCCUGGCUCUGUGCUGCGGGUGCUCUGGUUGGCCGACUGCGAUGUGAGUGACAGCAGCUGCAGCAGCCUCGCCGCGACCCUGUUGGCCAACCACAGCCUGCGUGAGCUGGACCUCAGCAACAACUGCCUGGGGGACGCGGGCAUCCUGCAGCUGGUGGAGAGCGUCCGGCAGCCGGGCUGCCUCCUGGAGCAGCUGGUCCUGUACGACAUUUACUGGUCUGAGGAGAUGGAGGACCGGCUGCAGGCCCUGGAGAAGGACAAGCCAUCCCUGAGGGUCAUCUCCUGAGGCUCUUCCUGCCGCUGCUCUCCCUGGACGACCGGCCUCGAGGCAACCCUGGGGCCCACCAGCCCCUGCCAUGCUCUCACCCUGCAUAUCCUAGGUUUGAAGAGAAACGCUCAGAUCCGCUUAUUUCUGCCAGUAUAUUUUGGACACUUUAUAAUCAUUAAAGCACUUUCUUGGCA